GAAUACAAAAUGACAGUACGGAGGAUAUUAGUUUUCUGUGAAAUUCUGUGAUUACGAAUGACGGAACGGAACUUGACAUGACAGAAGUUUUCGCGCCCUUUUACUUACUGUUGUUGGUUGAGUGAGUAAAAAGAAUUUAAGAGAUAAAAAUAUUCUGGUCAAUUAUAUUUCUGACUAAUAAUAGACUUUCAGUAUCAUGGAAUGAGUUACUUAAUAAUGUAUGAGAUCCGUCAAAAUGCUUUGCUAGGUCAUUUUUGUUAGUGAAUGUAAGUAAGGUUCAAUAUGCCUGUUAGAAAUCGCAGAGACGAUGAGACCGAACAAAAUGCUAAAGGAGCGCAUUUACGGGACAGUUCUGAAUCACCUACACAAAUGUCGAAAAGGAUUUCUCCCCGAAACAAGAAUCAGCUGAAAAUUACCAAUAUGUUCACAACUAAACGGAACAGAAGUCCUACUGAUGACAAUUUUACUAAUCCUAAAAAGCUGAAAUAUGAAGAUGACAAAAAUAAUAUAGAGUCAGUUGAUAAGAAUACUAUCAGUAGUACUGAUAAUAAAAGCAAAGCAGAUAAUAAUAGUUAUAAUAAUGAGGAUAUACCGAAAAAUGAUGAAGUACCUAAACUGGACGGCAAAGAGGUGAAAAAAAAUGAUGAAUUAAGUGUAGAUGAUAAUUCCAAGGGUGAUGAAAAUGAGACUUCCGAAAAUCAAGGCGAAAAUAAUGAGGGGAAAGAACCAAAUGAAAUUAAAAAGAAUCUUGAAGUGGAAAGCUACAAAAAAAAUAUUCCAGAUACUGAAAAAUGUGAUAUUUGUGGUCAAUUUUUAAACAAUUCUGACAUUAUUUACUAUCAAGGACACCCACAGGAUGCUGUGGAAGAGUAUAUAGCAUUGACUAAUGAGAAGCUUGUGUUAGCCUCAGGUGACGAUGGAGAUAUAACUGAACGACCCCAAACUAAUAUAACAAGUUUUUCCAUAUUUGAUGCUCAAGGACAUCUUUGCCCAAUUGAUGGUGGUCUUGUAGAAAAUGAUGUAAGAAUUUAUAUGUCGGGGUAUUUGAAGUCUAUAUGUUCUGAUUCUCAUGAAAUUGAUGAAGAUUCUGUUGCUGUGAAAGAUGUAGGCCCCAUUAUCGAAUGGUAAGCAUUGUCAUUUAUUUUAGGUUUCAUCCAUGGCUUUGAUGGUGGUGACAGAAAUUGUAUAACAUUAUCAACAGAAUUUGGGGAAUACAAUUUACUGAAGCCCAGCGAGCAAUAUACACCUCUAAUGAAUACUUAUGAAAAAAUAUGUCUUAGCAAAGUCGUUGUUGAGUAUUUAGAAGAAUACCACUAUCUUCAACCAACAUAUGAGGAUCUUUUAGAGGUAAUUAGGGAAUCAACUAUUCCGGAGUUGAAUGACAUGAAGUUAACAGAAGAGAUGCUUCACAAGCACGCCCAGUUUGUAUGUGAUCAAGUAGUUAGUUUAGAAGCGGCAGAUGAAGAUGACGAACUGAUAACAUUACCUUGUAUGAGGGAGUUGAUAAAACUUAUGGGUAUUAAAUUUGGUAAGCGAAAAUUCCGUACAAAAAUUGAUUACAAAAAAAGUGACAAGAAAGCCUGGACUAAAGCAACUACUACUCCACUUGUUCGAAAAACAUUUGAAAGUUUCUUUAGUAAUCAGUUAGACAAAACGAAUCAUGAGUAGUAUUAAGAAGAAAAAGAUGUGGGGUGUGUUGAAGCUUGUCAGCUCCCUGACUGUGGAGAAUGCAACGCUUGCCGCGCGAUGGCUAAGUUUGGUGGACAUGGAACUAAAAAAGCUUGUGUGCGACGAUUCUGCCCUAACAUGGCUGUGGAUCAAGCAGAAGAUUCAGAACCAGAUGACGAGGAAGAGUACCAGCAAAUGGCUGAGAAAAAACAACACGACAAGAUAGAGGAUGCAGUACCUGUAAAGUUGACUGGAUUCAGUGAUCGUAAAAUUAAAUGGAUUGGGGAACCUAUCAAAGCUGAUGCCACUAAAGUGUAUUAUGAAAAAGUCGAAAUUGAUGGCUCGGAACUAUGUAAAGGGGACUUUGUUAUGGUAGAAACAUCCCAAUCAAAUAUUCCUGCACUGGUUGCAAAAGUAGUGUACAUCUGGAGAGAGACUAUAAAUACUAAAUCUGGUUAUUUCCAUGCAGAAGUGUUCAUUAGAGCUUCAGACACAGUUUUAGGAGAGGUUGGUGACCCUAGAGAGAUAUUUUUAGGAGACAGGUGCUGUCAUGGCGCACCUCUUUCCUCUAUUUUGAGGAAAGCUUACGUAGAAAAAGGUGAGACUCCUGCAGAUUGGUUCAAACUUGGAGGCAAAGAAGUAGAUGAAAAACAUUUUGAGGAUGAUGGUAAAACAUAUUUUUACAAUAAGUAUUACGAAAGAUUUACAGCACGCUUUGAAGACUUACCUAAAGAUCCAGUUUGCCCUAAUGCAUUAAGAGAACAUAGAUUCUGCCCAUCAUGUGAGAGAAAGGCAAAAAGAGAUGGAAAAAAUAUACCUAAGGUUUCCGGAAAACUGACUGAAAAGUCCAGUUUGGUUUCAGAAUCCAACCGAAGCGAAUGGUCAUUAGUAAAAUGGCAAGACCACGAAUACAAGAAAGGCUGUGGUGUAUUCCUUAAACCAGGCACAUUCAAAUUCAAGAACAGUUUCACUACUUUAAAUAACACUGCCAAACCUAAGUUGGAAAAGGUAGAUGAAGAUAUUUAUCCUGAAUACUAUAGAAAAAGUGAUAAUAAUUUGCGAGGAUCAAAUGUAGAUACUGGUGAACCAUUUUGUGUUGGCUAUAUAGCUGCUGUGACAGCUGUAGGCGAGGGGCCGCUCAUUGUACCACAAGACAUCUAUCUCAAAGUGAAUGUUCUCUACAGACCUGAGAACACAUGCAGUCGGUUCCCUCAGCAUGAAGAUGUUAAUGUUGUGUAUUGGAGUGAAGAAAUCCGGGAUGUAUCGUUCUCUAGUGUUGUUGGACCAUGUCAUUUGAUUUAUGAGCAGAAUGUACCACAACCAUAUUCUUUACUAGAGUGGUUAGAGAGAGACCCUAACAGGUUCUAUUUCAGAUCAGCAUUUGAUAAAACAUCUGGACACUUCAUUGAUGUACCACAUCAUGCUGUUAAUAUUGGAAGAACCGAAAGAAUCAAGGAUAAAGGUAAAGGAAAGGGAAAAUCCAGCAAACCCACGGAAGCAACGAAUACUAAGCUCGACACUAUUUCUGUUCGGCCAUUACGAACGCUGGAUGUCUUUGCUGGGUGCGGUGGAUUGUCAGAAGGAUUGCACCAAGCUGGCAUAGCUGAGUGCAGGUGGGCCAUUGAAAACUUAGAGGCUGCAGCACAUGCUUACGCACUUAACAACAAAAACUGCAUUGUUUUCAACGAGGACUGUAAUGCCUUACUAAAGCAGGCCAUGUCCGGAGCAACUCACAGCGCGGGUGGCUUGAGACUGCCCAUGCAAGGCGAGGUCGAAUUGCUGUGUGGAGGACCGCCGUGUCAAGGCUUUUCCGGAAUGAACCGGUUUAAUUCAAGGGAGUACUCUAAUUUCAAAAAUUCUCUAGUAGCUUCAUACUUGUCGUAUUGUGACUAUUAUAGACCAAAAUACUUUAUACUCGAAAAUGUGAGGAACUUCGUAGCAUUUAAAAAGGGAAUGGUUUUAAAACUCACCUUGAGAGCGCUGUUAGAUAUGGGCUACCAGUGUACGUUUGGGAUACUACAGGCCGGUAAUUAUGGGGUUCCACAAACAAGAAGAAGGCUUAUCAUCUUAGCUGCAGCCCCGGGUUAUACUUUACCGUUUUAUCCCGAACCGACGCACGUGUUCAGUAGGCGAGCGUGCUCCCUAACAACAACCAUAGAUGGUAAACGCUUCGUAACUAACAUUCACUGGGACGAGUCAGCUCCAAGGAGGACGUGCACGAUCCGGGACGCUAUGAGCGAUCUUCCACGAAUUUGCAACGGCGCUAACAAAAUAGAAAUUGAAUAUGGCUCAAUGCCAGAGAGUCAUUUUCAACGAAUAGUUAGAAGCAAGGACGAAAAUGCAAAACUGCGAGACCAUAUUUGUAAGAACAUGGCGCCGUUAAUUCAAGCCAGGAUAUGUAGAGUACCCACCACACCUGGCUCAGAUUGGCGAGAUCUGCCAAAUACAUCUGUCACUCUGUCAGACGGAACUAAAUGCAAGGUGUUGCAAUACCGCUACGACGACAAGCGCAACGGUCGCUCCGGGAGCGGCGCACUGCGCGGCGUGUGUGCGUGUGCGGCGGGCGGCGCCUGCCAGCCCGCGGACAAGCAGGAGAACACGCUCAUACCCUGGUGUCUGCCGCACACCGGUAACCGACACAACAACUGGGCCGGCCUCUACGGACGUGUUUGCUGGGAUGGCUACUUUAGUACCACAGUGACAGAUCCUGAACCAAUGGGCAAGCAAGGUCGCGUGUUACACCCUGAGCAGAAUCGCGUCGUGUCUGUUCGCGAAUGCGCUCGGUCUCAAGGAUUCCGAGACACAUACUUAUUUGCAGGCUCAGUACAAGAUAAACAUAGACAGGUUGGUAACGCCGUGCCACCUCCUCUGGGCGCUGCCUUAGGACGAGAAAUUAAGAUAGCCCUUGCAGCAAGUAUAACACUCUGAAGUAGUUAAGGAAUUGUGUUAUGAUGUGAGAUAAUUAUGACUUUAUAUUAAAUGAGCAGUAAAAUAAUAUUAAGUAA